GGCAAGAGAGUUAGUAAUUUAUUAGGAAAACGUAUGUUCCUCGCUGGACUGCCAACAGACCACGCACUGCUGCUUUUCUGUAAGAUAUUUCUAAUAACUGAGGCACUUGUUAUUUUUAGGGGCAUGCAGAAAUACAGUUAGGUCUGUCCUCUUAGUCAGUAACGACUAUUUUAAUAAGGUGACCUUUGAGAAGGCACGUGAUUCAAUAAACAUUUGUCAAAGUUUCGGGAAGAUGGCUGCUCCGAGAAAUGACAUUGACAACAACUUUGAUACGAUAGUGAUUGGAGCAGGAAUCCAGGGAUCUUACACUGCCUAUCAUCUCUCUCGAAAUAACAAGACGCUGUUAAUAGAUCAGUUUACUUUGCCACAUUCCCGUGGAAGCUCUCAUGGGCAAACUCGAAUUAUUCGGAAAAGCUACUCCAAACCUUACUACACAGAGAUGAUGACUGAAUGCUUCCAACUCUGGAAGCAACUGGAAGCUGAGGCUAAUGUUAAACUAUUCAGACAAACAGGUUUGUUGGUUCUAGGCAAAGAAGGGAACCCAGAAUUUCAAGCCAUGAAGUCAACAUUGGUCAAGAACCAGAUUCCUAUGGAGAGUUUCACACGUGAACAAUUUUCACAGAGAUUCCCAGCAGUAAACCUUCCGGAAGAAGAAUCUGCGGUUCUUGAUAAAUCAGCUGGAAUCUUGUAUGCAGAUCGAGCAUUAAAAUCUCUCCAGGAUUUGUUCCAGAGGUUUGGAGGUACCAUUUGUGAUGGUGAAAAAGUUGUUGAUAUACAACCUGGAUCUCUGGUUACCGUGACAACCACCGCAGGAAUUUAUAGAGCGAAGAGUCUGGUGAUUACAGCUGGGCCUUGGUCGAAUAAACUAUUGAACCUUGUCGGACUACAACUUCCUCUGAAGACACUGAGGAUCAUGGUUUGUUACUGGAAGGAGAAAGUCCCUGGAAUAUAUGGAAUUCAGAAGGGAUAUCCCUGCUUUAUAAGAAUUUCUGACUCCAUUGAAUAUCAUAUCUAUGGUCUUCCUUCCAAUGAAUAUCCGGGACUUAUGAAGGUCUGCUACCACAGUGGCAGUGAUGCUGACCCAGAUGAACGUGAUAUCGUAUUUCAGCAGCCUUCCCAGGAUGUGAACAUUCUGAGCACCUUUUUGUCUAAGGAGUUUCCUGGUGUGGAUCCAAAGCCUGUGAUUGUUGAACACUGCAUGUAUACAGUUACCCCAGAUUCAGAUUUCAUUCUGGAUUAUCACCCAGAGCAUAGCAACAUCAUCAUUGGAGCUGGGUUCUCAGGUCAUGGUUUCAAGCUUGCCCCAGUUGUUGGAAAAAUCCUCUGUGAACUUAGCCUUGGAAAAAGGCCAUCCUACAACCUCUCUCCUUUCAAAAUGCAUCGUUUCCGAUUAAAUCUGAAGUCCUUGUUGUAAGGCAGCAGAGCCAAAAAUGAAAAUUUGAAUAAAACUUUAUGUUAAAAGAA